AUGGCUUACCGCUCAAGUCGCCAAAUAUUGGCUUCAAGUGACGACGAUUCUGACAAUGAUUGGGAUAAAAGUCCUAAAAGCAAAAAAAGACGUUUUAAUCAAGUGACACAAAUUAUUACAGCUAAUGAGGAUGAUGAUAUUGAUGAUCCUUCGGAAGAAGAAGAUGAGGAGCUUAAUAACAGCAAUCGUAUGACACCUAGUAUCGAAAAAGCUAUUCAGAGAAAAGAAACUAUUGAUGCAGAAGAUAAUCCCAGAAGUUUAAAUGGAGAGUGUCUAAACAAUCCUAAUGGUAGUAUUGAUGAAGGACCGAUUGAUAUUGAUGUUUUGGAAGAAUCAAGUGAUUUGAAUCGUUUGAAUGGCGAAGCUAUUGAUAAUUCUUUAAAAGAGUCUUUUGAGGUACCACGUUUAGCUACAAACCAUAUUGAUGAGACUGAAGCGACUGAUGACACUGAUUGCCCACCAAAAAUAAAAGAUGUUGAAACAACACACUAUAAGGUUUCUGAAGAAGCUGCAUUUAAGCAAGCAGUUGCGAAUAAUUUUAAAAUACUUCAAGUUAUGCUCGUUCGCACCGACGAAAAAGAUACUCCUGUUGACAACGGUAUUGAGGAAAAACUAGAGGAAAAUAAUAAUAUAAAGUGGUCUGAAAGUAAGGACAAUGGUCAAGUCAUAAGGAAAUUUAAGCUGAUUGAACGAAGAUCCUCCGACGCGUCUUAUAAAUCAUCGGAAGGCUCUGUAAUCUCGGGAUCACCUCAAGAUGCAAUAACUCAUUACAAAAUAUUAAACAGUCAGGAAAAAAUAAUUACUGUUCAAUCCAGCUGGAAAGAUUGUGAUCUAAAAAUAAAUAAAGAUGAUCAAAGUUUUACCGAAAGUUCUAAAUCACCGAACAAUGAUUCUUUAUUAUCUACUUUAGUAAAAGUCGAAAUGAAAAGCGACGAUUCACAGGAUGAAGAUGAAGAUGAAAGCGUUUCGACGGACGAUUCCUUUGAAUAUAGAGUAGAAGAAGAAAAAGAAGCUUUAGAAGUUAAGCCUAAGAUUAAUAUCAAACCAACAUCUGACCAUUCAAUCAGAGAUUUAGGAAAAAAAGCUCUACAAACGUUCAAAGAGCAACAAUCACUUACCGUUGAGCGGUUACAAGAUCUCCAUGGAUCUUUGAUCUCUCGCCCAACUGAAGCUUCCCAAGAAGAAAACCCCGCGGGGCUGAAUACCGAUCUUAUGCCUCAUCAACAACACGCACUAGCUUGGUUGCUGUGGAGAGAACAACAGAAACCUCCUGGUGGAGUUUUAGCCGACGAAAUGGGACUCGGUAAGACACUUACAAUGAUUUCGUUGGUGCUGAAGACGCUGCCAGAGUUUCAGAAAAAACAGGUUGAAGACAGCUCGCAUAGAUUUAGACUGCUCAAGUAUUUUGGAGGAACUCUCGUUGUUUGUCCGGCUUCAUUGGUCGCGCAAUGGGCUCAAGAAAUUAGGAAACAUUGCAAAAAAAAGCAGCUUACUUACCAAAUCUACCAUGGACCCAACCGAGAAUCUAAUAUUAAACGACUAGUGAGAAAUGACAUUAUUAUUACGACUUACAAGCUAUUGAGUCGCGAGACUACUAACAGGGGAAUUAGUAAUUUGCUCUUCAAAGUUCAUUGGGAGCGUGUGAUACUGGACGAAGCCCACGUUGUUCGAAAUCACAAGAGCCAAAUGUGUGAUGCUGUCUGUCGUUUGACAGCAAAUAAACGUUGGGCCAUUACAGGUACUCCGAUACACAACAAACAAAUGGAUCUUUAUGCAAUUUUAAAAUUCCUGAGGUGUUCGCCGUUCGAUGACCUCAGGAUCUGGAAACGUUGGGUUGACAACAAAGAUGAUGCGGGACAUCAACGACUCACUACUGUCAUGAAGACACUGAUGUUACGACGUACGAAGCAAGAAUUGAUGAAUAAAGGUCAGAUGAAACCUUUAACGACAAAAGUUUACAACACAAUCCGCGUUACUUUGGACUCUGACGAACGACUUGUUUAUGAAAAAAUUUUAAUGUAUUCACGUACUCUGUUUGCUCAAUUUUUGCAUCAACGAUCCGAGAAACAGUCUAUGUUUGAAAUGGGCGCUAGCUACGAUCACCGACGUCCGACUAAUUCUCCUUAUAUUGCGGGAUUCAACAAAGCUCAGCGGCAAUUAUUAGCUCAGCAUGCCGAUGUUCAAAGUCAUGAAAUUUUAGUCCUGCUUUUGAGACUUAGACAAAUUUGCUGUCACCCGUCGUUGAUUCACUCAAUGUUGGAUCAACAGGAUUUGAAUCAGCAAAAUUUAGAGGAUGGUGCAAUCAAUUUUCAGCUGUUGAAUCAGAUAAACAAUGUUAACUUGAAAGACAACACUGACAAAUGUGACAUCGAUGAUGACGACGAUGAAGAGAGUGGAGUCAGCGAACGAGUUAUUGAAAAUUUAUUGACCAAAGAUAACCCUGUAUUUGACACUGAACGCCAAAGUGCUAAAUUAAGAUCUGUUAUAAGUACUAUUAAGUCUAUAUUAGCAAAGAAAGAAAAAGUUAUCGUCGUGUCUCAGUGGGUAGGUUACUUACAAAUUGUAGCGGAGAGUUUGAAGUCUAUUAAAGAAAAUGAUGAAGUAAUGGUUGAGUCUAAUCACAGUGACUUUGAAGAAAGUUUCAUUGGAAUCCAGAAAAAGUCUGUCAAUAGAAAGAUGAAUAGAAUUCUCUCAGAUUCAGAGGAAGAUGAAAUUUUGGAUAUUGAUGGUGAAAAUAAGGAUUCAGGAAGAAUGACCCCAAGUAUUAAGAAAGCAAUCCGACGAAGUAUUUUCAAUAUGAGUCGAGUAUCUACAUCAGAACCUGAAGAAGAUGAUUUAGAAGACGAUGAAGAAGAAACUGAUAACGUUGAAAAUGAAAGCGGAAUUCAUCGUUUAGAUAAAAAGGUUCAUUCGUUCAGUGAUGAAGAAAGUAGUGAAAAUGAAAAUGAAAUUAAUCGUUCUGAAAAAAUGGUUCAGCCAGAUUCAGAUGACGUGAAUGAUAACGAUAAGUAUAAAAGCAAAAAGAAAAGAAGUAGUAUUAUAAUGAGUGAUUAUGGCGAAGAAAAUUUUGAUGAUCGAGAUAAUCAAAAUGCAAAACAAGGAAAUAAUAGUGAUUCCAGUAAAAUAUCAUAUGAAAGUCUUUGUUCAAUUAACGACUUGGAAAAAUCUACUGAUUUACAAAAAGAUCAAAACAGUAGCUUGUCCAGUGUAGAAAUUACUGAUGGAAAAAAAAGUACAAGGUCUGAUCUUAAUCGCUCUGCAAAUUUAUCAAGAGGAAGAGCUAGUCACAAUUACAGCAUUCAUGAAGAUCAUAGUAUACAUCAAGAACGUACAUCAAAUAGCAUUAUCGAUAUUGAUUCUGCUACGAGUACCGAAGAUGAACGUGAAACUCAGUCGAAAAAGAAUUUAUCCGAGUUGAAUGUAAAUGAGUUAAAAAAGCUAAUUCAAGGUCUGAGAGACGAGGCUGAGCGAGCAAAGACUUUCUUGAGGGAAGGUGAUGUGAAGCUUCUUCCCGACGGUGGAGAGAAUUUAAAGUUGUUAAUUAUUAAAAAUUCUAAAAAAAUAAAACAAUAUCAAGAACAACUCAAUGAAAUUCAACCACCGGAAAAAAGUGACUCCAGUGUCAUAUCACUUGAUCAGAGUUCUGACGCUUCCUUUCAUCAUCAUAAAACUAUUAAUGAUUCCGACUACGAACCUAAUGAUAGUUACAUAUCACCUAAGAAAAUUAGUCAAAAGUUUAAUCGAACGCAAAUGAUGAAACCGACUCUGGAAACCGACUUAGAAGGUUUAGGAAAAAAAGCUCUUGAAACAUUCAAAAACGAACAGGCGUUAACAGUCGAACGUCUAGAGCAUUUCCAUGGAUCUCUUCUAUCCCGACCUACAGAAAAUGAGCGCGCCGAAGAUCCUAGAGGACUUGUAGUCUCUCUCAUGCCUCAUCAACAACACGCCUUGGCUUGGUUAAUGUGGCGUGAACAACAAAAGCCACGUGGGGGUGUUCUCGCCGAUGAUAUGGGUCUUGGUAAGACACUUACUAUGAUAUCAUUAGUGAUAAAAACUUUAUCAGAAGAUUCAAGUGACGAUGAGCGCGAUGAUGAUGAUGAUGAUGAUGGAUGGAUGGGCAAAGGCAGACAAAAUGAGCAUCGAGGAGGAACCCUGGUUGUGUGUCCUGCUUCACUAAUUAACCAAUGGAAAAGUGAAGUUGACAAUCGUUGUAAACGCGGAGUUCUCGCUGUUGAAGUUUACCAUGGUAACAAUCGUGAAAAAGUAGCUCGGCGCCUCGCUCGUAACGAUAUGGUCAUCACAACGUAUAAUUUAGUGUCACGUGAAUCUAAGAAUAAUGGACAAAUAUUUAAAAUCCGAUGGAAUCGUGUUAUUUUAGAUGAAGCUCACUGCAUUCGCAAUCACAAAAGCCAAUCUUGCAACGCUGUUUGUCAACUUAAGGCUACCAAGCGUUGGGCACUUACAGGUACGCCUAUUCAUAACAAAGAAAUGGACAUAUAUGCGAUUCUUAAAUUCUUGCAAUGCUCGCCUUUCGAUGAUUUACGUGUAUGGAAGCGUUGGGUAGAAAAUAAAAGUAUUACUGGCGUCGAAAGACUCGCUACGGUGAUGAAAACAUUGAUGCUUCGUCGAACAAAACAAGAAUUAAUUUCAAAAGGCGAGGUUGAAACUCUACCUGAAAAACACCUUGAUAUUAUUAAAGUUACUCUAGAUAAAGAUGAACGCUUGGUGUACGAUAAAGUUAUGAUGCAUUCUAAAACAAUAUUCGCUCAAUUUUUGCAUCAGCGAGCUGAAAAAGAAACUCUUCAAGGAAUGGGAGCUAAUCCUUUAGCUGUAGAUUAUCGCAAUACAAAAUUCAGUAAAGCACAACAACAACUACUAGCUCACCACGCAAAUGACGUAAAGUCGCAUCAAAUUUUAGUUUUGCUUCUCAGGCUUCGUCAGAUUUGUUGUCAGCCCGCAUUGAUUCACAAAAUGCUUGAUCAAGAAGAGAUGGAAAUGAACGGAUUGGAAAAUGAUGUACUUACUGCCAAAAUGAUGAAAAUGAAUAUUUCGAUUAGUACUUCAGAACACGGCGACGACGACGACGAUGAUGAUGAUGAUGAUGAAGAAGAAGAAAUUGGAGUGGAUCAGCGCAUCACUGAAAAUUUGUUGACUUCUGACAACCCAGUAUUUGAUGUUUCUCGAAAGAGCUCCAAGUUACAAGUCAUUAUUGACAUUGUUCGCGACAUAUUAGAGAAAAAUGAAAAAAUGAUUAUUGUAUCACAAUGGACAUCAUAUCUCAACAUAAUUGGUGAAUGUUUACGUAAAAUACCAGGUGCUACUUUUGACAUGUUUACUGGACAAGUUGCUGUCAAAAAUCGUCAAGCGAUUGUCGAUUCUUUCAAUUUGAAGAAAAAACCUCAAAUUUUACUACUGUCACUUUCCGCGGGCGGUGUUGGGUUGAAUCUCGUAGGAGGGAAUCACUUGAUUCUCGUCGACAUACACUGGAAUCCUCAAUUAGAGUCUCAGGCUCAAGACCGUAUUUAUAGAUUUGGCCAGAAGAAAAAUGUUCAUAUUUAUAAAAUUCUUUGCUCCGAUACCAUUGAAGAGAGAAUACAGUUGUUGCAAGAAAAAAAAAUGGCUAUCGCUGCAUCGGUGAUUGAUGGUACUGGAAAAGUUUCCUCGAAACUUUCUCUUCAAGAUUUGAAAUCGCUUUUUGAUAUGUAA